GCACAGCGAAGGUGCGCCCAUGGAGCUCUCGCGCCCUACUCCUCGUCCGACGCUACCGGGGCUCGGAGCCGACAGCCGCGCGUCUACGUCAGCGCCAGUACUACCCAAGAUGGACCACCGAAUCGCAUUUAUCCAAGCACUUGACACUUUGUAGCUGCCACUGCGCGACUGUCUUCCGAAAGUUUCGAGAAAGUCAUCUACGGCUGCAGAUAUGCUGUCCCCGUUACUUUGGAACCACCCAUCGAAGAGGCGGAAGCCGUAGGACUGCAUGUCUAUAGCAUCAUAGGCGCAGCACCACGUCAUCGCGUGCUGCAAGUUCACCAGAGAAAACGUUCCACCACGAGAGCGCCGCUACGCUUUAGGUCAGUGGUCCAGGGGCUGCUAACUCGUGUGACUCUGACUGUGACAGCGUGUGAACGCAGUGACUCGAUCGCGUCCGACCUACACGACGGUGAUCCUACUCGUUGGCCGAGCAUUACGACCACUGGAUAUCGUUCAGAGCUUAGUUUCCGUGUUUUCACUAAAGAAGUUCCGUGAGCGUGCUCGUACUGAACUGUUUCAACAUUUUCUGCAAGCUGUGAUAUCCGUUACCUGACUGAACUGUUCAGAGCGCUACACGCAUUGACAGCUGAUAAAGAGCAAAGUGACCAUCUCGACUUGCGAAAGUGAUAAGAGGUGAAUCACGAAGGCGUACAAGAAGCCGCAUAGUGCUUUUGAAGGCUGGCCCCUUGCGUUCCUGACCAGGAGAAGCGAUGGAGCUGCACGUUGACCCGGAGCUUCUCGCUGUAAAUACGCACGUCGGCGCACUUGGAACCAACCUCACUGCCCAGAACCAAGCCCCAUUUUUGCCGAACUCCAUCCUAGCAGACGAGUCAUCCGGUACCUUGCACUUUGUGCCGUCUGCAGAAGCCGCCGCCGCCGCCGCUUCCGCAUCUAUAGGUGGCGUAGAGGGCGGCCAGUCGACAUCGCCCACCUACAUCAGUCUAGAAGUGCACUACACGCUGCUUCUAAUCAUCAUGGUGUCAAGCGUCGCCGUCAACGGCCUCGUGUUCGUCCUCUUCUACCAGCGCCCAUCGGUGCGCAUGACGUCCAACAAGUUCGUCCUGAACAUGGCGAUAGUGCACCUCCUUCAAACUUUCAUUGUGCUCCCGUUCGUAUUCGUGUCGAUCAUGUUCCAGGAGUGGAUUUUCGGCGACAUUUGGUGCAAAAUACAUGGCACAGUGUCUGUGUGCCUAACCAUGGCCAGUGUAUUCUCAAUCCUGCUCAUAGCCGUCGAUCGGAACUGUGCCGUCAAUAGCCCGCUGCACUACUCAAUGACCAUCACUAAGAAGCGCACGAGUGGGCUCAUCGUCUCAACGUGGGUCUUUGCCGUGCUCGUUUCGCUGCCACCACUCGUAGGAGUUUCGGAUAUCCAGUACCAAGAAAGCUGGGCCAUGUGUACCGUCACGUGGUACGACACUGGUCUGCUUACCAUUUCUUAUUCGUGUGUCCUCUGCGUCGUGGGCUUCCUGCUGCCUUUCGUCCGGAUCACGUGGAUCUACGCGUCCAUGUUUCGCGCCGCUCGACGCAACAGCGCUCGUGCCCGGCUUCACAACAUAAACACCAGCAGCAACGAGAUGAGCCCACCCUCGUCGGCGGGACUGGACGGCGGAGGCCACCCACCUCUCUAUGUGCACAGGCGAGCGGCCUGGUCCAAACGAACGUCUUCGCUGAGCCAGGCGUCUUCGCUGUUCGGCGACGAGUGGAAAGCCGUGCGCACGGGCGUCCUGGUUGUGGUCUCUUUCACGGCUUGCUUCCUUCCAUUCUUCUCCAUGACUUUGGUGGAGCCCCAUGCGCGAACACGCAAGACCGCCCUGAGGAACCUGCCAGCUAUCUCGAUGUUAUUCCUCUUCUGCUCCUCUCUCAUCAGUCCCUACCUGUACGUCAUCAGGAACAAGGCGAUGCGCAAGCAUGUCCGCAAGAUGUUCACCUGCUUAAAGCGCAAGCCAAGCUUCUUCUCUCCACGUGGCUACCACUACAGUCACCAGAGUCCUCCGCAGGAGCGAAAGUGCUCCGAAGACAUUAGGGUGCCCGGAAGCACAGCCUCUCUACGUUCUGGCGGCAGCGUGGACUACCAGAGGCCCUUGGUGACGCACUCCCUCUACCAGAACAAGUCGGGCGACUGGAGGAUUGUCAGCGUCACCACGGAGCCAAGGCGACCCCCUUCUCGCCGGUCAUCCCUUAUCUCGCAGCAGCCACUGUGCGUGGACGAUAUGGCACAGCAGCAGCAACAGCAACUCCAGCAAGAGCAGUCGUACUACCACCACAAAUGCGGGCCCGGGCUACGUGGCGCUGCCAUCAGGAACGGCUUCUACAGGCGAGCUUCCCUUGACAGCUCCAAGAUCAUGUGCGCGCGAUAUCCUAGCGCGCUCGAGAGAGAUCCCGAAAUCACAUCCGUGAAGUCAACCAGCGGCUCAGGUGGUGAUCGGAGCAUGUCCUUCCGCAUGCGCGGCCGCUUUGCCAACCGGGAAGAGUCGACCGAGACGUGCGACACGUCCUGCAACAGCAGCUACAGUCAGGAGGAAUGGGGACGACACUUGAUCGACUCCUCGCAGCACAGGAGAGCAAGCAAUGCUAGGCGCGAGUCACAGAGUAGCGUAUCUGCUAUAGUCGAAAGUGUCGAAGUAUACCCAACACCUCCUGCUUCUGACAGCAUCACGCAGGUACACCAUUACGGCAACACUUCCUCCGCAUCGGCCGCUUCUGCAGCGGCUGGAUACACUUGCCGACCGGUCCUGAAACGUGGCCGCUCCUUCGCCUUUGAUGAGCACGAAAUGAAUGUAGCCUUUCCCCCGCAAAGGAUUUCCCAGUCCGGGGGACUUCGGAAGUCCCGCUUUGCCGUGGCGAGGAACUCUCCAAAGCAUGGCUCCAGUGAUACCACUACUACCACACUGGAAUCGUUGACGUCGACGGAGUCGCAAGACCUUCCCAUCAUCGCGUCUCCCCGCGCCAUGUCACCCACGUCGAACGCACCGUACCACUAUCCGCCCACGCCAUUCAUGCACCCGCAUCAUCACUCAACGUCCCAGGGUUAUGGCUCAGCACCCUGCAGCAUAGCCCUUCAGCAGCACACCCAGUUGCCCGCCGAGUGUCAGGAUCGAAGGGACUCUGGCUUUGAGGACACUAUGUUGGGGAGGUGUGACAUCUGUGAAACAAUUGUGAACGAAAGUGGCUCUAUCAAGGCGGUGAAGUUUGUAGAGCAAGUAUAGUUACUAUACAAAAAAAACUACUCUUUGGACGCCGAAUUUCGGACCCUGGUCUAAGUCAUUAGGACUAAGGCAAACCUCGCCUUAGAGAUGGAAUGUUGAGCUGGCGUCUGAUCACUACCGCCACGCAAGGUUUCCAGGCUGCCACAUGACACGCCUAUUCGCUGUGAAUGCCUAGCCAAACAUUUAAAGCCAACCGAAUUCGUGUUCCGGUGCAGCGGUAGCUGCAUAUCAGGUGUCAAAUUUUACAUGUUUACGGGAAACACCAAUCCCCAUCGCUAAGAAGCUGACAAAUAAUUUAAGAAAUUACUAUAUAGGUACUAAUAAAUGAGAUAACAAUUAUAUAAGUGUUCAAGGCAGGAAGAAAAUUUUUUCCAUAUUUUCAAGAUUUGUCCUAAUUAGCAGAGCCGAACAGGUAAAAUUCGAAAAUCCCCAAUAUUAACACCUGUUUAUCACUAGUUCAAACGUGACAGUAGAAAGUUCGUGUAUGCAGCUCCGCGACACCUGUUUAGAAGUACAGAUAAUGGUUAUGAAACAUUUUGAGCCUCAAAGGACGGGUCUGUAAACCGUAUGGAUAAGCUUAAUUUCGCUUCAUAUCAUGGCGCGAACAAUCGCCAUGCGAGAGCGCUAUUUAAAAUGUACCACAACUUCCGAAAAGAGACAUUGAAAUGAACCAUCUAUGUUAUGGCUGUGUGCGCGGAACUUCCACACCUUGAGUCUCAUCCAUCGGACAGACCUGCAAGUUCGAAGAGGACCUAUGCGAUUGUGGGACAUUUUUUUUACCGAAUUGUGAGAGUUAUAGUGCUGUGUGUGAACCUUGACUGUUUCAGUACGGAAGUCAAGAAGAACAUGAAAGCAAGUGCGCUUGGUCAGUCACAAUCCCGUGAUGCAUUUCAAGAUAUGAUGUGCCUAAAGCGCCCAGUGUAAAAUGCUACGUUGAUAAUAUUUAUUCAUAUUUUGCGAAGCUGGGCUACAAAGUUUAUGAAUGUUUUUGCGAACGCGCACUCAAUGGAAACUGUUUCUUACAGUCACGAGCAUAAUGACCCACAACUCAAUGUAUAGGAAGAUAUGGCGUGAUAUUUUAUUGCUACUACUUUGCUAUUGUUGCAAUGUUUGCGUGUACUAAACGACAAGUUAUUGCCGAAGAACUUUUACCGUGCACGAAAUAUUUGAAUGAUUUUACCAGGUUUCUAACCUUAUUUUGUAAUAAGGCUCAACUCAUUCUCAAGAUUAUUUCAUCUUGCUUUGCGUUUAAAAUCAAACUUUUCUAGAAAUCGGGAACGUGCGAGCCCGCCACUGCAUCUUUAAAGGACUGUUCUUUUUUAAAAUUGCUAUCAAAAAUAUAUACCUGAAGUUUUGCAUACGACACCCAUUCUUUUUUUACAUUUGUAUUCAGGUGUGGUGCAAAUAUAUUUAUUGUGCGCUUAAAGCCAUAUGCAACAAACUCACAAAUUAUAACAUGAUUAGCGCAAAAGGUUUCUUGCGUAAUUAUGGAAUAUAAGAGAGAACUACCUAGUAAUUUUGUUAGAACAAUUAGCAGGAGGGAGCAUUUUUGAGGACGGAUAGCUUUAAAUAAAAUAAUUGUUAUAAUUAUUAACUAGGCAGAGAGUGACCUGUGCGGCACCAUUAUUUUUUCUUUGAGUUUGGUUGCUGAAAGCCCCAAAGCACCACUCAACUUCUGCUUCUACUGAAUCUGUAACUGGAACUGAGCCUCAUGUGCUGACCUGUGUUAUGCAAGGCUGAUAUUGGUGAACCUGUCAAUAUGAUAUAAGAGAAUGUGUUGAAGGACAACAGGGUGACAUACCAGUCUCUUACAGCUUAAGUGUCUGUGGCUUUCAUGUGCGCAUGCGGGUUUUGCCUGUAACCAAACGGUAAACGCCAAGUUGUUCUGAGACCUGCGUUACGCUACACGAAACUUUCGCCUUUCGUAGCAUUCCACUGCAAGUCGCUGGAGCCACAUUGUUUUUUAGCACCUGUGAUUGUACAUAAAUCUAAACAGCGUGUAAUUACUUCACGCGAUAAACUGUUACUAGUUGUGUCCUCGCCAUGCUUCGGCACAAUAUGAUUUUGUGUCUGCCAUUUAGGGUGUUUAUUUUUUUGGUAAUUAAGUUUUGUAAAAACGUUUAUCCGUUGUUUGUCUUGCAUGUUACGUAAUCUGUACUCAGCACUUUGUCCCUCUUCAGUAGCGCAGCUAACGAAUGUGUACGUUCUUGCCCCGUAGAGAUUGCCUUUUAUGGUGAUUGAAGUGUCGGUGCCCCCUUGCUUUUAUUUGUGCGUUUUGAGUGAAAUAGCUGAUUGCACAUGCUCAUUGGUCAGUCAAUAACUUUACGAUAAACUUUCUGCGCAAUUGCAAGACGAGGCAUGCGAGGUAUUUGACAUGUUACUCGCAAAUAGUGCCGAUCUGUUGUCUUCCGGGUUUCGCAAUCGUUGCAGAUUUUCUCAUGUUACUCUGACGAAACUUACAAGACCUAUAUCCUAAACAAAAGUGAUGACCCGUCACACAACAGUAUUUGAGAGGAAGUAAACCAUAAGGACGACGUUCGAAAUUGAAUUGACAAAUGACUGCCAAAUCUAUCACGAUUUUCACAUGGAGUUGCAAACAUUGUAAACUCCUAAGUCUCCAAAUAUCAUACACCGAAACAAAAAUGCCAAAGUACAGGUCGCCUAAUGAAAUAGUAAAGUCUUAACGGCGGCUUCAGAAAAAUUAUUCCAAAGAAUUUGACGCUGCUGACUUUCUUAGUAAUGGGCAUUCUGGAAAGCAUGAAUUUGCACUACACGAGUUUUCAUGCCUCUGUUUCUUUGCUAACGACAAGAAAGUGGCUGCAACCAAGCUGCAGAAAAAAAGUCCCAGUAACUGUACAACUGGGUUGAGUUGCAGUUUCUUGCCAAGAUACACCGAAGCAAGGCUCUUGCCACACUAUGGAAAUUUUUCACGGCAGGGACGUCACCAACGAGCACAAGUGCAGAGGCGACUAUGGUUAAACCGAAUGUUCCAAUCUGGGCCACGGUCCUUGCACUGCUUAACGCGUGAGGCUGCUGCUCUACGAAGAAGGGGCCAAAUUUGCCACUCACUGCCGCAAUGUUCACGAGCUUUAGCUGUUCAUUUCUUUCGAUGUUUAGAUGUUGUUCGUCAUGACAACCCCAUUUAUCUGUAUAAAGAUGCACAUCGUUCUUGUCUUGUUUCGUCUAGCACAUGUGAGUGAUAGAUACAGAGUGACACACACGUCAAAUAUUGACCACGGUUGAACGGAUGAAAGACUCAAGAGAGAGAGUGCGUGACCAAACAUCACUCGUUUGUUUCUGCACACAGAGAGAAUUUAUUGCUUGCAGACUUCCAACAUGCGGAGAGUUACAUGUUCAUAGCAACCGCGGGAGCCAAUUUUAUGAAACAGAAAACAACUGCGAAGUUAUCACUGGUCACAAGGAUAGCAGCAAUUGCUGCUGCUGUCCUGGGUGUUGCGACAAAAGAAAAGUAUUAAUGAAAAGGAAACACCCAAUGCCUAUUUUUAUUCUUUCUAGCCUAAAUAUUAUUCUGAUGUGGGAUUUACUCUUUCAAGCUGGUGGCAUAGGAAGGGACGUCUGCAUUAAUUUUCUUUUACACUUAGAAGCCCCUACUUUGUACCGGUUAUGGGAGCAGGUUCAUAUACAACCGCCGCCAGCAUAUGAACAUUGCAGCGCCCUAUUGCCCGAUAAUGAUAUUCAGAACAACUUCUUAGGAGCAAGAUAUUACAGGCAUCGUAUUUACAAAUGUAACUGCGGCCUGACUAUUCUAUUUACAUUUUCUUUUUACUCCUUCGAGAAUAGUAUUUUGACAAUCGAAUGAAGCUACCAGUACGAAGAAAUGAACUAUUUACAAGAAAUGUAUUUAUAGAAAGCUAUCGAAAAUUGCAAAGGUGUUGAUAAGAGUCGUACUCCUAGCCUUCCCUAAAAUAUGCCAGUUUCAUGCAUAGUUAUGAAGAAGUGAAACGCAAAUGUGUUCCCUUGCCUGUUCACUGAAUAAUUAGGCUGAGUCACUCGUGUGCCCGUUGUGUUGUAAUUUUUUUUUCUUUGAGUUACUUUGGAUGUGCUCACAUAGAACCUGCGUAACCAGUGCGAACUGCUUUCGGUAUUUAGCCAUAUUGAAUGUCGUUGUCCGUGUCAUUCCUGCUGCAGUAAUACGUUUCUUGUCUUUUUCUGGAACCUGAAAUGACUAUUGCGGAGUCGCUAUUAUACAAGACGCGUCUGGUUUUUGCUUUUUGCGCGCUGGACUGGGAACGGUUUCACGACAGAUGGUGCCAGUUGAAUAUUUACAGUUUAUACACAUGCCACGUGUUUUUCGAAGUUUUGACGACACAAUAAAUGUAUUUGUUUUGAAUGUUUGUUUA